GUGACCGAAGGGUCAGAGGGUGUAACGGUGCUGUCGGACGCCGGGUCGCUUGUCAAAUGAGAUCCUCGCAGUCGUCUAGUAAUUCCUCCCCCACUGGUCAUCUUUCACCGCAGAGGGCGACGCACACGAACACUGGGAGACAUGUCGUACUGCAAGCAAGAGGGUAAAGAUCGCAUCAUCUUCGUGACGAAGGAGGACCACGAGGCUCCCAGCAACGCCGAACUCAUUGCGGAUGACCCCAAUGACCCCUAUGAGGAGCAGGGUCUGAUCCUGCCCAAUGGGGACAUCAACUGGAACUGCCCGUGCCUGGGCGGCAUGGCCAGCGGACCGUGCGGCUCUCAGUUCAAAGAGGCCUUUUCCUGCUUCCACGAGAGCAAGGAAGAGCUGAAGGGCUCCGAGUGCAUUGACAACUUCCGCGACAUGCAAGAGUGCAUGCAGAGGUACCCUGAGCUCUAUCCUCAGGACGAGGAUAAAGAAGGCUCCUCCCAAGCCGAGCCCGGCUCUGGUUCCGUCUCCGCCGACCCGGCCGAGGGCUCCGCCUCACCCCCUGAAACUGACUCUACCGCAGCCGCCUCAACACCCGAGUCUGCCAUCUCACCCGACAGCACGUCGCCCACAGACAACCGGACCGCCAGCUAAGGUCCACCAGUCGUCAUCCAGGCUUCUUGUGUGCACGCGCCGCCCAUCAUAACUGACUCUCUCCCCGUCGGAGCUCCGGCACUCGCGGGCAACAUUCACGGGGGCCCGCAGAGACGGACUUUGUGAAUGCAGAGAAAUGUAGCGUACGUACACAAGUUUAGGCUGCUUUGUUUGACGAGCAAUCCCCCCCCCCCACCAAAAAAGAUCAUUGAAUAAUAUGAUUUAACGACAGCCGGCCAAGCUGUUUGCUGCAGGGACAUUAGUUGAAAGACUCACUUUAUAUGCAAUUGGAAUUUAAUUUACUGCGUGUCAAUCAAAAUAGUUUGUUAGCGUUCAUUAUGUGUGUUGUUUGAACAGUAAAUCACUGGAAAUUGUAUUUUAUUUGAGCAAUGUUCAGCUUUUUCUCAUGAAUUCACCUCGACUCAAGACAGUUUUAAAUCCUGCUGUGACUCAACAGAGAAUCCCUUUUGCGUUCCGUCAUUUAAGAGGCCAAAACGCAGUCGAUCGGUAACAAGACGAGGCUUUUUACAUCGAUAGAAGAGAUGCGUUUAAGCUGCGUUUGUUGACAUCUUGGAAACACUUCGGGGGAUUCAUCUCGCCGCGUAUGAACAGUGGUCGACAUGUUACAUAAUUGAUCUAAUUGUAUCUGGUCGAGACCAAAGUGGUUUUUGGCACAUUCAACUGUUACUGCAUAAAUGUUUUUGUCGUCUUUAUUCUGUCUCGAGUCUCCCGUUGGAUGCUGUGGUCACUAUUCACUGACAUUCAGGCCUUAAAAGACUUGAUGGAUAUUUCUCAUAUGUCCAGAUUAAAAUUAUAAUCAGAACUA